AUGGCAUCUUCAUUCUCAACUCAGCUGGUGCAGAGUCAGAACCUACUCCCUCGCCUUCAUGCUGUCCAGGGAAAGCCACAUGUAGUUUGUAGCAUUGGGUGCAGUAAAUUGUCUUCAAGAUAUCAUUAUGCACCAAGGCUUUCUGUUUCACAACAAUCUAAAGCCAAAUCAAUCCCUUCUCGGAGAAUAACAUGUGCUAGUAGUGCUCCGGGAGAUGUUGCAGAGCUGCAAGCCAAAGUGACAAGCAAAUGUUUCUUUGAUAUAGAAAUUGGAGGUGAAUCUGCUGGAAGGAUUGUGAUUGGUCUAUUUGGAGAUGCUGUUCCCAAAACAGUUGAGAAUUUCAAAACUUUGUGUACAGGAGCGAAAGGAUAUGGUUAUCAAGGAAGCUUCUUCCAUCGUAUAAUACCAAAGUUCAUGAUUCAGGGAGGCGACUUCACCGAAGGAAACGGAACUGGUGGAGUCAGUAUCUAUGGUUAUAAAUUUGAAGAUGAGAAUUUUGAUUUGAAGCAUGUUGGUCCUGGAGUUUUGAGCAUGGCGAAUGCUGGUCCUAAUACCAAUGGCAGUCAAUUUUUUAUUUGCACUGUACCGACUCCAUGGUUAGACAACCGCCAUGUUGUGUUUGGACACGUGAUUGAAGGACUGGAUAUUGUGCAGAAACUCGAAUCACAGGAGACAAGCAGCCUAGACAACAGUCCCAAGAAACCGUGCAAAAUCGCCAAGUCUGGAGAACUGCCUUUAGAUGGUUGA